CCCUAGAAGAGUUCCACGAGUCUCUUCUUCAUCAAUCAAGCAAUCAUGGAGCUCGACAGAUUCCCACAAUUUAACGACCUAUGAUGUCCGGCCGAGAUACAGGACUUGAUAUGGGAGUUCGCUAUCGCACAUACUGAACCACGAAUCGUCCACAUAAAAGCAAGGACAUGGAGUACCGUCGAUGGAAAGAGAAUUUGGAACUCUUCAUCGAUGCUCAACUCCUCGUGUCCUAUCCCAGCACUUCUCCACACAUGUUCACGAUCUCGCAAACUCGCUUUGAAGGAAUGGAAAUUAUGCUUCAAUGCAUCGCUAUCUCAACCAGCAUGUCCUGUCCAACCAAGAACUUUUUUCGAUUCUAAGAAUGAUACUCUUUUCCUUUUCAAUGAAUGCGAAUUGUUGGACACAUUCGCCAAUCACGUCAGAGAGAGUGAACGCCAAUUAGUUGAGAACUUAGCCCUUUACCUAGAUCAUUUCGACUACGCUUCCAAUCUCAGCAAUGCAAUCGCUGCUCCAGAAUAUCCAGGCUAUUACGGCCCGUUGGCUGCCGAGAUCCGCGCUGCUUUUCCUUGUCUGAAGAAACUGAAGAUUGUAGUCAUGGGGCUGUAUCAAUUCCGGCAUCUUUGGGGAAACAGUGAGCAGAGGCUGGGAUUUUUGCCGAUGCAGAAUUGGGGACUUGGUGGGAUGGUGGAAUUGGGUAUGAGAGUGGACUUCGACAAGGUUUAUAGGAAACAUGGGUGGGCAUUUCCGGAAGUGAAGUUCGUUACUGUUGUUGGGACGGAAGUGGAGAGGUUGCUGAGGAGUGGCGGUGGGGUUGGGAGGCAACAACAAAGAUAA